UCGAUACUACAAAUAUAGCGCGAGAAGCAACCUUGAAAUGUCCUUGAAAUGCAACAUAGGAAGACUAAAGUUAAAUGUUAGAUAAAAAGAUUGAUCAAAAUGCCGAAACAUAGGUUAAGAAAGCAAAAUACAAAUUACUGUCAAUAUUGCGAUGAAUAUUUAUCUCGGACAGGAUAUUUUAAGCACCGUAAGGCCUAUUACAAYCCAGCAACAGAUCGAUGGUUGAAGAAAGCGUCCAUUGAACUCAAAAGACCUGGACCGAAACCAUGCGGUGAAACGGAAAACAAUCAGGAUCUUUAUACUAGUUACAGCAAAGAUUCGACUGACGAAAAAGACAUUUGGUCGUGCAGCUCCUCGGGGGAAGAAGAAAUGGAAAUACUAGGRUCUGACCAAAGCAAAGAUCAAAACGCAUAUAAGUAUGAUAAUGACGUACAUUUGGGUGUAUCCAGUCUUUUAGAAGAUAAUCAACACGAUCAUGGAAAUAAUGAGGUAAAAAUAGGAAGACAUCUGUAUAGAAAUAAGCUUGCAUUAUAUAGGGAUUAAMAUAAUGUUGAGCCAGUCAUUGGUCACAAUCACUAGCCAAUUAUGUUUUGGCUUGGCAUACCUCAUUUCUCGAUCAAUGUUACUCAGAUCAAAAUUACUGGCAAUGCAAAGAUUUGACAAUAGAAGACAAGUUCCAAUUAUGGCCAGAUUGUCCAUUUACUGAUUGUUAUUUCAAGCCCAGUAUUUUAUAUUAUUAAUAAUGCAUGCACUUGUCAAAAUAUGUCAAUAACUGGCCCGCAAACCAAAUUAAGGAUAGAAAAA